GGCUGCUCCCCGGUCAAGGCCAGCGCUCCUCCUCGCGGGGCGGGCGGUGGAGCCAGGAGGGGCGGGCGGGCGGGGGGAGGCCCCCGGAGUUCCUGGCUGGCGGCGUCCCUGAUGGCGCCGGGCCGGUGGGGCGGGGGCGUCUGGUGGUCGCUGGCGGCGCUGCUGCUGGCGCUGUGGGCGUCGUCGGGCGAGGCGUCGUCGUCGUCGUCGUCGGAUCAGUGCGAGGCGGCGGCGUCGGCGGCGGGCGGGCCUUGCCAGGAGGAGGGGGGCGGCGAGGCGGCGGCGGCGGCGGGCUCGUCGUGGCGGCGGCGGAGCGGGGCCGAGGCGGGCGACGGGGCCCGGUGGGCGUCGGCGCCGAUCGUGCUGUGGUGGAGCGGCGGGCUGUUCCCGCACUUCCCGGGGCCGUCGGCGCGGAUCUGGUGCCCGGGCGGGGGCCGGUGCGUGUCGACGCGGGAGCGGCGGGUGCGGGCCCACCGGCGGACGCGGGCGCUGCUCUUCUACGGGACGGACUUCCGGGCCUACGAGGCGCCGCUGCCGCGCCUGCCGCACCAGGCCUGGGCGCUCUUCCACGAGGAGUCGCCCAUGAACAACUACCUGCUCUCGCACCGGCCCGGCAUCGCCCUCUUCAACCUGACGGCCACCUUCCGCCGCGGCGCCGACUACCCGCUCGCCCUCCAGUGGCUGCCCGGCCCGGCCUACCUGCGCCGCCCGCCCCUCGCCCCCCUCGCCCGCAAGGAGGACGCCCGCCGGAGGGGCCUCGCCCCGGUCCUCUACCUCCAGUCCCACUGCAACGUCCCCGCCGACCGCGACCGCUACGUCCGGCAGCUCAUGCAACACAUCCAGGUGAGCCUCAUGCAACACGUCCAGGUGGAUUCCUACGGCGAGUGCCUCAACAACCGAGAACUUCCCACUGCAAGGCUGAGGGACACGUCCACUGCGACCACAGAAGACCCCGAAUUCAUGGCUUUUAUCUCACAGUACAAGUUUCACUUGGCCAUGGAGAACGCCAUCUGCCACGACUACAUGACAGAGAAACUUUGGAGGCCGAUGCAUGUCGGAGCCGUCCCCGUAUAUCGAGGCUCGCCCUCCGUCCGAGACUGGAUGCCCGAUAAUCAUUCCAUCAUCCUCAUCGACGACUUCGGGAGCCCCAAAGAACUAGCGGAAUAUCUGGACUUCCUGGACAGGAACCCGGACGAAUACGUGAAAUACCUGGACUAUAAGGGUCCCGGUGGCAUCACGAACCGUUUCUUACUGGAGAACUUGGAGAAACGUGAAUGGGGAGUCAAUGACUUGACCCUGCCUAAUUACCUGAAUGGAUUUGAGUGUUUUGUCUGUGACAGAGAGAAUGCCAGACUGGCAGCAGAGAGGGAACAUAAGAGGACUCGUGGGAAAGUGCCGGCUCCUGAGCCUUAUAUCGCCCAACCAUCACAUAUGGGAUGCCCGCCACCAGCUCCUGGGUAUGGAAACAUUGAGGACAUCCCUGAAGGAGACAGUUGGAAAGAGAUGUGGCUGCAGGAUUACUGGCAGAGCCUCGAUCAAAGCGAAGCCCUCACAGCAAUGAUUCAUCACAACGAAUCGCAUCAGGGAAGAUUUUGGGAUUAUAUGCACAAAAUCUUCUUGAAGAGAACCCGGCCAAAUUGAGGAUGCCCGCCCCACUUUUCCAGCGCUGUGUGUGGGGCAAGGGGAGGAUGCAUCGCUGCGCCAGCACCAAAGUCCCUGCCCCUGGAACAGCUCCGCAUUCCUUCUUGUGCCUGUGGCAGGCUGCCGGUGGGGACUCCUGUUUUCAGGGCGCCCAGAAGAAGCCGUUCUUGCACAGCGUCACUCACGGUUGCAGUUAAAGGAGCAGGACUCUCCUCGGGACCAAAGAAAAGUCUUGUGGCAGCUAAUUCUGGUUUAGCUCAAACAGUAUUAAUGUUGGUUGUUGUGGGUUUUCCGGGCUGUGUGGCAGUGGUCUGGUAGAUCUUGUUCCUGUCUCCAGUGUGCAACAGACUUCUCUCUGCGAUACACCUCUGAAGAUGCCAGCCACAGAUGCAGGCGAAACGUUAGGAACAAGAUCUAUUGGACCAUGGCCACACAGCCCGGAAAACCCACAACAACCAGUGGAAUCUGGCCAUGACAGCCAUUGACAAUUCAGUAUUAGUGUUGGUGCCUAAUUACUUGGCACUGAAUUUGCUGGGAUGGCCAGACAGGACCUAAAGGGAUUCAGUGUUAAUUUUUCAAAUAAAAAAAAUUAAUCACCAA